AUGCCUAUUCUCUGCAUCAUUCUCGUGUUGAUGCUUUCCUCCGCAUCUUCCAUCAGCUGCUGCACAGAGCAUGAGAGAAACUGCCUCCUCCAGUUCCUGGCCGGGCUCUCGCAGGACGGUGGCCUCGCGGCGUCAUGGCGGCACGGCACUGGAUGCUGUUCAUGGGAAGGCAUCACCUGCGGUAGCAUGAAGAACGAGGGCGAGGUCGCCGCAGUCACAGACGUCUUGCUGGGCGCCAAGAAACUCCAGGGCAGCAUAUCGCCUGCUCUUGGCAGCCUACCCGGCCUGCUGCGUCUGAACCUGUCACACAACUCGCUCUCCGGUAGCUUGCCCUCAGAGAUAAUGUCGUCGGGCAGCAUCGUCAUCCUUGACGUCAGCUUCAACGGCCUCGCCGGAGUACCCACCACCACUGGGAGCCGCCUGAAGCGACGACCUCUGCAGGUGCUCAACAUCUCGAGCAACCAGUUCGCCGGGGAGUUCCCAUGGUGGGACGACGGGGACACGACGAUGGCGAACCUGAUCGCGCUCAACGCUAGCAACAACAGCUUCACGGCUCAGAUGCCGGUGGCGCCUCUGUGCGGCGGUGCCUCACCGUCGCUGGCGUUGCUCGACCUCUCCCACAACCAGUUCACCGGCGAGGUUUCCCCUGCGCUUGCUGGUUGCUCCAUGCUCAAGGUGCUCAGGGUUGGCAUGAACAACCUGAGCGGUACUCUCCCUGCUGAGCUCUUCGAGGCAACCUCCUUGGAGCACCUGUCCUUAGCCAACAAUGGCCUGCAAGGCGAACUUGGCGGAGCACACAUGGCCAAGCUUAUCAACCUAGUUACUCUUGACCUUGGAGGGAACAGCUUCCAUGGCGAGAUCCCAGAGUCCAUUGGUCAACUCAAGAACCUGGAAAUGCUCAGCUUGGGCAACAACAACAUGUCAGGGAAUCUACCACCAAGCCUAGGCAACUGUACAAGUCUCAUAACCAUCGACCUAAAGUUCAACAACUUCAGUGGAGACCUUGGCAAGGUCGACUUCUCUACCCUACGCAAUCUAAAAACCCUAGAUCUCCUACAGAAUAGCUUCAGCGGUGUGCUCCCAGAAAGCAUCUACUCAUGCAGCAAUCUGACUGCGCUACGACUAUCAGUCAACCCUAUCCAUGGUGAGAUCUCAUCAAGAAUAGGUAAUCUCAGGGAUAUCGCUAAGGCUUUCCGUGCUCUCAAGAGCUCCCGGAACCUCACCACCCUUCUCAUUGGAAGGAACUUCUGGGGUGAGCCCAUGCCACAAGAUGAGGCAAUUGAAAGCUUUGAGAGCAUUCGAUAUCUCUCAAUUUAUCACUGUUCGUUGAUCGGAAACAUACCUCUUUGGCUGUCAAAGCUGAAAAAUUUGGAGUCACUAGAUUUAUCUAACAACCAGCUCACCGGGGCGAUGCCGAGCUGGAUCAACUCCUUGAGCAACCUCUUUUAUUUGGAUUUAUCAAACAACAGCCUUACAGGACAGAUACCAGCCACCUUGACAGAGAUGCCGAUGCUAAAAUUAGAUGAUUACGAGGCCCAUUUGACAAGACAAUUUGAUCUGCCAGUGUAUCAAGGAGAGAUCCCACCGUCUAUCUGCAAUCUCACAAACCUGCAGAUGCUGGACUUGUCCAUCAACCACCUCAUUGGCCCAAUACCUGAAGGACUGAAUAAGCUCAACUUUCUCUCAGAGCUUAACAUCUCUAACAAUGAUCUGGAAGGUCCUAUUCCAACAGGAGGCCAGAUGAGCACAUUCUCAAGCUCAAGUUUUGGUGGGAACCCAAAGCUAUGUGGCUCUAUAUUGGCUAAAUAUUGUGAUCCAGUGGAGGCAGUUCCAACUGUCCCAGAUAUCUCUGAAAAUGAAUACGGCGGCAAAGUUAUCUCUGCGGUUGCCUUCGGUGUGUUCUUUGGAAUAGGAGUGUUGUAUGAUCAGCUAGUCUUGUCAAGCUAUUUUUGUCCAAAAUAAUUGUGUAUUUAUCUCAGACGAUCAUGCAUGCAUGUACUACAUACUAUGUACUUACUGUAUUGAAGAGUAGACGAACAGUAAUCGAAUGCUAGAAUCAUGCACUUGUUUAA